CGAACCUGUUCCUGGGGAAGGAACAACACUAUUGCUCCACAAGAAGGCCGUAUGCAAGCAAUGUUAACAGUAAAAGUGAAAGGAUGUCAGCCAGUGUUCCCACUCCUGUAACACGUGGAGUUAGUCAAUGAAGGAAGAAGGAUGGAUUCCGGCGCGGGGAUCUUAGAGAAUUGUAGUCCUAUAUCCGGGUAUCGCCAUUGCCUGGCCUGGUGCAAUACUACACUUCCCAGAGAGCUCCGCGCUGGAUGUGGUGCAUGCGCGGUGACGGGGCGCUUCUUAUCGGUGGAGACGGCGGCAGCUCCCGAGAAGGCGGAGGGACAUUAGUUCUGUCCCGUCCCGUCUUUACCCAUCUCACUCUCCAGGAAGCUAUUCUUCACUGGGCUAGAAAUUGCUAGAUUGAGACCUUAAAAAUGCAGAGGUACUUCCUUCAGACGCUGUUCUUGCACUCAAAGCAAGCUUGCAAUGUCCGACCAUGUGCCACAUUUGUACUUUCAACCACAGGUGGGAAAAUGCCUUUCUUUAUCCAACAUCAGGGGCAACUCCUUCACACAUCACGUCCAGUCAUUGUCUCUGAACAGAGGCGGCCAAAUCUGCAAGAAGAUCCACUAUCCACACACCACAAGGGCCUUGAUCAUACCAAAAUACAAGAGUCCAAAACUUUUCCAGAGAAUGACCCACACCAAGAUACCUUGACGGACUCAGUUCAGAAAACGUACUUUUCCGACACACAACUGAAUCAAGAACCAGCAAGUGUGGAAACUGAUCCCCUCCAGGACCCUUCAAUAGGCCUUUUCCAACGAUUCAAGAAGACGUUCAAACAGUAUGGGAAAGUCAUGAUUCCAGUUCAUCUGGUUACAUCCAGUAUAUGGUUUGGUACAUUUUAUUAUGCAGCAAUGAAGGGUAUUAACGUAAUCCCAUUUCUUGAGUACGUAGGAGCACCUAAGGGUAUAAUAAAUAUUUUGAGUAAUUCUCAGGGUGGAAAUGCAUUGACUGCUUAUGCGUUGUAUAAGCUUGCCACACCAGCCAGAUAUGCUGUAACUUUGGGAGGAACGUCAUUUGCAGUUAAGUAUCUCCGCUCCCGAGGUCACUUGCCAACACCCCCUCCAAUGAGAGUUUAUAUACAGGAUAGAAUGGAAGAAACCAGAGAGCGAUUUUCAGAAAAAAUGGAGGAAACUAAAGAACUACUUAAUGAGAAAAUACAAGAAACCAAAGACAUGGUCUCCUUCAGAAAAAAGAAAGAAUAAAUGUGUGGAAGACAAACUGUUAAAGAUCUCAAUAUCCGGCCACCACCUUGAAUUGCAACAUCAAGAUACUUAGUGAAGGAACAAUCUGUAAACUCUUGGUAUCUGGGGAUUACUGAUGGUUUGUUGUGAUACAAGGCACCAUUGAAAUGCUUUCCAAAGCAAUCAGAGAAUUUUGAGUGGAAUAUUUUAAUAACUUGAGAGGGAUUAAGAAGGUAAUGGAAAAGUGGUUUCAAGAUAUAUUUCUGCAUCCACUGGUGUCAGAAAAGGAAAUUCAGUAGAUUACCGUACUCUGGUUACAAAACAGACUGAGCAUUUCAAAUAGUUCAGAAUCCUGUGAAAGAGUUUCAGCCAGUGAAUGUCUGGAAUAUCUACUGAAGCAACCCUGUUGUGUGUAUUGUGACAACCUCAUAAUAAAAUCCAAUCACUUCUAAUAUGUAUCCUGUCAA